UCAGCACUCAGCAGCAGGACAUACAAAUGAUGGAGGCUGAGAAGGGUCUACAGAUGGAGGAGGCGCUACAGCCCAAGGAGGCAGAGAAGGGGCUACAGAAGGAAGAGGACCUUCAUCCGAUGCAAGAGGAGCAGGGCCAAGAGAAGGAAGAGGCCUUUCAUCGGAUGAAGGCGGAGAAGGGUAUACAGAUGGAGGAGACCCUGGCCCUCCACAGGAUUGAGGCGGAGCAGGGGCUACAGAUGGAGCAGACACUUCACCCGAUGGAAGCGGAGGUGGGACUACAGAUGGAGGAGCAAGAGGCCCUCCACGGGAUUGAGGCGGAGCAGGAGCUACAGGUGGAGGAGACCCUUCAUCGGAUGGAGUCGGAGAUGGGUAUACAGAUGGAAGAGACUCUUAUUCACCUGUUGGAGGUGGUGGUAGCGGAGAAGAGGGAAAAAACUAGCCACAUGAGUGAGGAAUGGGCGGAAAUGGAAGCCGCUGUUGAAGCGAAGGGAAAUGAGCUAGAAUUUUUGAAGACAAGCCGCGAUCGAUGCUUUGCCGAACAGCUGCUUUUGCAAGAUGCAGAGCAAGUCGUCCGUGACAUUCUGUUCCCACCAAACUAAAACGGCGAGACAGAAUUCAUUUGCUGUCAUGUUUGGUUCAACGCUAGUUGUGUUACUUUUUUCUGUUUGUUCCCUUCUUAGCUUAUAUCCAAUGUAUAAAUCAUGAAAUAGUCCUUCUGUUGAACCAAAUAGACAGCCUUCAUUGUACCCAAAAAAAAUAAAAAUAGACAGCCCUCACCUUCAGUUUCAUUGUAUUAGUGUUUGCAAGUUCUCUGUCAUGUGAAAAUGAAAAUUUGAAUAGUUU